AUGUGUUACGUAUCCAUUUUUGUGUGUUUCUCAACAAAAGCUGUACACUUGGAGUUAGUCAGUGAUCUAUCAACUUCAACGUUUUUAGCAGCUCUAAAAAGAUUUAUCACCCGACGAGGCAAACCAUCUAAAAUUUCGAGUGACUGUGCUACUAACUUCAAAGGUGCUAGUAAGGAACUGAAGGAGAUUUUAAAAAAUGCAGCUCGCAUUGAGAAAAGCAGUGGAUUAUGUGACUACAUUACCUCAGAAGGUAUAACUUGGUUAUUUAAUCCUCCGACAUCUCCUCACUACGGUGGCUUGUGGGAAUCUAAUGUGAAAUCCAUGAAAUUUCAUCUUAAACUCGUAUUAGGAACCACACUUCUAACUUACGAGGAAUUUUUAACAGUGCUUACACAAGUGGAAGCGUGUAUGAAUUCCCGUCCUCUUUGUGCGAUGUCUAGUGAUCCAAACGACUUUAGUGCAUUGACUCCAGGUCAUUUUUCUGAAGUAGUUUCGUGCGUCUCCAAAUCUAAAAUGUGGUGA